UUGAAGCAUAUAAGGCUCAACGUCAGCCCAGGUGGGACGGAACACCAGCCCCAUACAAACAGGACAUAACACGAUACUGACACACGAAGGUAGAACUUCCAGACAUAACACGAUACUGACACACGAAGGUAGGACUUCCAGCUGGGUGAACAUGUUGCUAUCCACUGUGCUUGCACUCUGUUCCCUGUCAUGCGUGUUGGGAUACACAGUGACCAUUUACCCAGAGUACCUAGUACAGGGAGGAAGAACCAACUUCGACCCUGACAGGUGGAAUGGUAAAAUGGGGCUGGAUAACCCCAGUAUUUUACCCUACGUGAAGAAAACUGGAGCUCGCACUGGAAGAUGGCUCAAUGCAGAUUUAGGCUAUUUUGACAAGGUGACGGAGGAUCCAAAACGAAAGGGGUACCCCGAUCCCACCUUCUUCCAAAACAAGCAGCUACAACACAAUCUGGUUGAGAAAUAUCUCGAUAAUUUGAAUAGAUAUGGAAAACACAGACCAAUUAUGCUUGAACUGAAAGGUUACCAAUGGCCCUAUUGGAUGGACACAUCUGCACAUAAAGGGCAUUUUCCAAGCAAUCUUGAUGCUGCAGCAGAAACCAUAUCUCUGUUCGUCCAGGCCAUACACAACGGUACAAACGGCACCGACCCUCCGUAUUUUGAACCAAUCAAUGAGCCAAACACACUGUGGAAGCUGGAUGUCAAUUGGACAACUGUAGUGAAUGUAUUCGAGCUCGUUGCCAAGAAGGUAAAAGCCAUAUACCCCAAAUUACAAAUAGGUGGACCUGCCUUUACUGGUGGAAUAACUACAAUGGACAAACAGGACUUUCGUCAAUGGAGCAUGAUGACACAAUUCAUGAACAUGUCUCUUGGCCUACUGGACUUUUUUUCAUUCCAUCCUUUCAAUCACUUCGUCGUUCAGGGGAACAGGCAUCACUUCUGGGGCCCGAAUGAAGCUAGGCUGGUUGGAACCGUGGACAUGGUGGAAACAUAUGCUCAUAUGAUGACAGGGAAAGACAUUCCAAUCAUAUUCUCAGCUCAUGGUUUAGCAGAAGUCACAGGCAUCGAUGUUCAGAAACCAUCGACCUUUCUGGACUGGGCCUACAUCAACCUUCACAAUUCGAAUAUAUUCACCUUUCUUGAGCUUCGAUACGUGGUUCAGAGAGCCGUGUCCUUCCUUCUCAACUACACCGAUCGGAAAGGCCAAGAAAGCAUCAACUACAGCAUCCUGGACAAACAUAACAACGAGAGAGACAUCGCUCUGGCCUUCCAUCUGUGGGAGAACCUCACCAGCACUAUGAAGUUUCUCAGAGCCGAGAGUCAGUUCCACCAAGCUGAGCGGCAAAUACAGAGCCAUGUCCUUGUGGAGCCAACUACCAACAUGCUUACCAUUCUGCUACACAACUAUGACACAGUUCAAGCUGAUGUCAAGCUAGCCUUUGACAAAGGAUGGGUAACCUUGACCCAAGGGACAUCAACCUGUUUGUAUCUCAACAACAGAAAGGCCACUCAACUGGAUAAGGAAGUACCUAUUCAUGUCCACAGAAGUCAGGUGACUGUCCCUCCAGAAGCCACAUGCUUCCUACAGUUUCCCACAGGCUACACGUUCACUCACGUUCCCUCGGUGUACGAAAGUGUGCAUUAUGGAGACAACAUGUUGGUUACAAUUGACAGCUCAAAGAAAACAGCUCACAUGAACAUCGUGCUCAACAGCAAUGAUCUUCACCACAUUAUGGUAGCUAAACUUCGCAUUUCAGUAAGUUUUAUAGAUCAUGCUGCCAACUUUAUCCCGGCUUCAAUUACUAUUAAUGGAAUCACGCUGCACUCGUUCUACAUACUACACAACCCGAGCAACAAUGACACCGAUAGUCUCUGGGCAACAAUAGAGUAUCAUGUUCCAACUACAAUUCUCAAGAAGAAUGCCAAUGCUGUCAGGAUGACCUUUGCUCAGGACAAAGGCCGGGUAGCUGCAAUCGCUCUGUCACUGAGGAAAGGCCAAUGAAUAUCCAGUCAGAGGCCUUAAUAUCUGAAAUCAGACCAGGCCAUAACGAAUCAGUUUCAAUAAAAGAUAUUUCCAAAAA